AUGUCUGAUGGUGCGGGUGGUGGUCAUGCCAAGGAAUGCGGCCCUGCCUCUGGAUCGCAUGUGGACACGGGAAACUCUUACCUUUGUGGGUACCUGAAGAUUAAAGGCCUUACUGAGGAGUAUCCAACUCUUACAACCUUCUUCGAAGGAGAAAUAAUCAGCAAAAAACACCCUUUCUUAACUCGAAAGUGGGAUGCAGAUGAAGAUGUUGAUCGGAAACACUGGGGCAAGUUUCUGGCUUUUUAUCAGUAUGCAAAAUCAUUUAACUCAGAUGAUUUUGAUUAUGAAGAGCUGAAGAACGGGGACUAUGUGUUCAUGAGGUGGAAGGAACAGUUCCUAGUCCCAGACCACACGAUCAAAGACAUCAGUGGUGCUUCCUUUGCCGGGUUCUACUACAUCUGCUUUCAGAAGUCGGCAGCUUCCAUAGAGGGCUACUACUACCAUAGGAGUUCAGAAUGGUACCAGUCCCUCAAUCUAACCCAUGUUCCUGAACACAGUGCACCCAUCUAUGAAUUCCGGUGACAGCGGUUCAGAACAUCAACCAAAUAAAACUGAACUCGGCCAAAAAAGAACUUUGCCGAAAAAAUUGAGUACCUGCCAGAACCAGGAGAAGUGUGUUCCUGUGUCUCCACAAGCAGACUCUCAUCAGAAAGCAUGAAUGUUAACCCACAGAAUCCAAGGAGCAUGGCUGACCGGCAGGGCAGGCAGAGGGAGCAGUCUCCGUUCUUCCUCCCUCUCUGUGGCAGUUUGGUGUUCAUCUGUUUCUAAGCUACCUUAAACACUUCUCCUUCCUGCACAGCUAACUUCUGCAUUACUGAAAUGCCCAUUUCUUCCUCCGUCCCGCCUCCAGCCGAGUAGGAGGUCUGCUCCUGGAUCACCCUCAGCCUUGGUGCUCAGUGGUCCCAGGCCCCCUUCCCUUCCCCGGUUGCUUUGUACGGUAGCUCAAGAGAAGGCAGAGUCCAAGCACCUCUGUUCCCCCAAGCCCCUGUGCAGGGAGCAGGCAGGCCGCAGCUGCAGCAGCACCCACUGCCAGUGGAAUGAGAUGGAGGCCCACCCGGCCCCUGCUGGGCUGCCUCAGUCUUCAGUGCUGAUUGGUUCGUGGGUCAGCAGGUGCUGCUGAGCCCUGUACUGUUAACACCGCAGAGCUAGUGAGUGGCUGUCGGGUUCCCUGGGCUUGCCGUCGGGAUCACUAAAUUUAAGGCUUCCAGAUCCCUGGCAGGAACAGAUUCCAGUCCUGCUUACUCAGUAUGUUUGCUCCAAACUUUUGAACUUGAGGGCAAUACUAAACUUAAAAAUAAGAGUUUUUUUAUUACAAAAUUAUUUUUAUGGUCCCUUUAAUGAGGACCCUAUGGCAAAUGCACAAUUAUUCAGAAUUACAUUUUAUCGUUUUCACAUUGAAAACAGCAAAUGUUGACUUAGUAAUUUUUAUAUCUAUAUCUAUAUCUAUAUGUAUAUUUAAUCAACCAGCAGUUUUGAAACUAGUCACCUGGUACAAAAGUUUUGCAGCAUUGCAUAAAUUAUAGUGCUAAACACAAGAACUGUUUUUUGGGGCCAGUUUAGCAUUUGUACCUCCUCCUUUUGCUACUCAAAACAACAGUGCUUCAUGGCUACCUCACCAUGAGGCAGAAAGGGUUGUCAUUCUCUGAAAACAGUGAUUCUGAAAUGUUGGGAUUAGGGGAGGGGUGGGAAACGAACAUGCUCAAAUAACUCGAGGCUCAUGUGCCAAAGUGUGUGUGUGCGUGUGUGUGUGUUUUGUUUUGUUUUUGUUUUAUAAUGUUUAAAAAGCUUAAUGGGUUGGCAUCAGUUGUAGCCCACAAAUAUGGGCAGGGCUUUGGAGAAUUGGCAUUUUCUGGUGGUUCCCAAGACUGGCCCCAAAUAUAGAGGAAAAGCUUUAAAAACAAGAUAGCAUUAUGACCCCCAGGAGUGAAGCCGCCUGGAGGUUUGACUGCCCGUGGGCAGUGUAAGAGACCGUGAAGCCCUUCAGUGAGGUGAGACGAGCGGUGGGGUACAUUUUUUAUUCUAAAGAAAUGACUUUUCUGUUAUCGACACAUGUACUGUAUGUUACUGAGACUGAAUGUUUGGGGAAGCCUUAAGGGAACGCCUUGGGAAAGCCAAUGGGCACUUGAGAUAUCUAAAAAUGUACAGUCCUGGGACUGUGUAGCCCACCCAUUCAGUAAGGUCAGGGCUUUGGAACCCAAAAAAGUUGCCCCAGGAACUUAAGGGGCAAAAUUUUCACAUCCAUUCCCAGAGAUAAGUCAGAAGACUCCUCAAUCUUAAAACUCAAUAAGGCAUGAGAAUGGCUGGCCCUGGCCAAGCCCAGCUGAUCUCACACGCAUGAGGAGAUGCUCACUGUGGCUUCAUUUAAGCUGUUGGCCAUCCCUGAGGAAUGAAGGAGGCUGCGGCAUGCAGGUGGAGGGGAGGUGGUUCCGGUCUUCCUGCAGCACGUGCCCUUCCGCCCUCCUUAGUCCUCCCCUCAUAGCAUGCGAGUCAAUACCUUCUGCCUUUUGUGAGCCUCCUCAAGGGACACGGGCCCCACUCUGAGCAGGAAGGCCAUCCCAGAGCUUGUUGGGUCCGUGGAGUGGCUCCAAGACGGCAGGCAGGGACUUCUGCAAACACUGCUGGCGUUCCAGUCAAAUGGGCCAGGUCCUAGUGUAGGAUUUCUUCCUGUUUUAGCUAGGUAAUGAAGUGCGCCAGUUGUACUGGGAAAAGUGAAGAAGCGAUACCUUUACUAGAUCCUUCAGAGACAUCUGUGAUAAAGGUUGGUUCCUUUAAAAAUCUGCCUGCUGAGGAUAAGAAAGGGACUAAGGAUUUUUCCCCCUCCUCUUAGUAAUUCCCAAGUGAUCAACAUCAACUUCUUUUCUUUCUCUCUGUUCCUGAAGGAACUUUGGGAAUCAUCUUCACCUGUAGUUCUGCUUUCCUGAACCUUCUUGGUGGUUUACAUGCCCCUGAUACUAUGUGCAAUAUUUUUGGUUGACACUUGUAUCCAUCAUUAAGAAAUGAAUGCAGAUUGCAGAUUUUCUACUGUCUUCCACCCCAAACAAGCCUGCCGUGAGGUGGGAUCCUAGGGGUCUGGCUGUUCUUACUCCACUGCUCAGAAAGCUUCCAUUCUGCUGUCUCCAGCCUCGACCCUCUUGUGCUGGAUUUCCAACCCCCAUCCCUUUAAAGUAUAGAUAGCAUUUCAGCUGCAGUCCAAAAGUAACGAAGCAAUGCCUAAUAUGAAGUAGACAGUCAAUCUGUGUGCUGGUUCUGUUGGUAAUGUUGAAAUCACAAACUCCAGUGGAGCAAAGGGGUUUUUCAAUGUCUUUUGCUUUCAGAUACAGAGAAUUUAUAUUCUCACUAAGGCCUUGAAUUGAUUUUUUUUUCUCAUAAAAUAGUCUGAUAAGCUAAUUUUUAAAAAAGAAAUGCCAUUAAGUAUGUUGCAUUGUGGUUUAAAAUUACUAACAAGUUCUGGGAAAGAAAAAUAUUUGAUUUUGAUUCUUAAAUGUUUUUAAAAAUUAGGCUUGAGUGGGCACAAAGUAUGACUAUUUUGUUUCUUUAUGGAGGACAUGUGGAAAGGGUUUGAGGAUUUGGGAUGGGAGAAGUAUUUUGCAGAGCUAUCAAUGUCCAAAUAAUUUUUAAAAAAUAAUAAAGGUAUUUAAGCAGUGA